GCAUCAUCAGGGUUGAGGAUUACAGGGAGAGUGAGUCAGAAAGAAUUAGCAUCAUGGGAGCGACUUGGAGAGGGAGGGUUCUCAAGUGUUUACAAAGCAAAACUCAAAGGCAAUGAUGUAGCUGUCAAGGUUCUGAAAAAUCUCAAGGAAACCAAGCCACUGCUUACAGAGGGAAAUCUCCUAAGGUAUUUCUACUCAUGAUUCUCAGAGGUUACUCAAUUUCUCAGUUACAGAAGAUGGAAAAUAUUGUUUUGGUUUUGCGAUCAGCCAUUUGUGGAUUUUAUCACAUGGGGAAGAUUAAAUUAACCUGUUAUCAAGUAUUUCAAGGUAUUGAAAUUCUGUUAAUUAUUAAUAUGGUGGUAUCUGAAGUGCAUUACUCUACACAGAGCAGUCCGGAAGUGUUGGAAAAUACCAUAAUACUAACAGAAAAAUAUUAGAAAUACACCCUAAGUUGAAAGAUGUGUGGUUGUCAGUAUAGUGCUGAAAUUAUGACUUAUUUCAUCUGAAAGUACCCCUGAACAUCAGCAUGAUAAUAAUGCAUUUUUUACAUAAUAAUUAUUGCCCCUGUUUAGUAUAAAGCUUCAUGUAUUCUAACUAAUUGUCCUAAUUAGUAUUUUUCUUUUUUUUCAACAGGGAUCUUCGUCAUGACAACAUUGUUGCAUUUAGAGGAAUGAAUAUUUUGCAAAGUGAUAUUGUACAUGAGAAAUUUACUCUUAAAGAAGGCAGUCCUUUCCUAGUAAUGGAAUACAUCCCUAAGAAUCUGUACAGAUUUGUGGAAGAUCACAAAACUCCUGAAUCUCAGGGACUUCCCAGAAGUCAGGUGUGGACUAUUGGCAGAGGAAUGGCUAAUGGUUUGAUGUACCUGCAUGGUUUGAAUCCACCCAUAAGCCACAGAGACUUGAAGCCUGAUAAUAUUCUGGUAAGUCUCUCUCUUUUUAAGACUUUGUUGUUAUAUAUUUCUCUUUUUGAGUAAAGACUGUGAUUUGUCCAUUAGAUCCACUGAAUUCUGAGACUUUCUGUGGGUAUUUCUGAUUGCUAUUGAUGAGACAAUGCUGUUAGAGAUGAAAGUGGCAAAUGCUUCCUGGGGGGCACUCCCCUAUAAAAGUGAUGGGAGCCCCCCCCCCCCCUCCCCGGAAAACACUUUACCAUUCUGAUCAAGCUUGACAAUGUAAGUUUUGCAAUGAUGGCAAAAGAAUGUGCCAAAGAGUGCACUCCACAUUUAUUAAGUAAUAAGGGGUAUCCAACAAUGAAUGAAUCCUUUUUUCAAAUUUUCUUGAAUGAAUGAAUGGAAUGCCUCCAUGGUGUGAUUUGUGUAUGCUAGAGAAGGAAAUGAAUCCAGGGAUGUGGUAUAUUAUUUUUAUAAGCCAUGUGGUUAAAUGAGUUAUAAUUUGAGUUUUGUUCAUUUGAUUGCAUUAUUAGCUUGAUAUCAGGAGUUUGAGGGUUAAAUUAGCGGACUUUGGUUUGUCACGGACAGUAGAAAGAACUGGAAAUGAUCUUUCUUUAUUCCAUGCACGCUGGACAGCUCCUGAGGUUUGGGAAGAUUACAUGUACUUUGAUGAAGAACCUAUUGAAGGUGAAGGUCCAUGAAAACACAGAUUCAAUUAGUCAAUAAAAAUAUUUCUAUUUAAAAUACUUUCAGCUGAGAAUGAUUAUGUUGGAGUUGGAUGUAAUAUUUUAUUCUAAAUUACUACUUUACCUCCAGAAAAUGAGGCUCUUGAAGACCAACCCACAGAAGAUUUCACAGAUAGCCAAGACGAUGAGUUAUUUUUCCUGCGUGCUGACAUCUACUCUUAUGGACAAGUGGUAGCUUACACUUUAACAGGAAAGAUGCCAUGGCAUGGCCGGAACUCUGUGAGUGUAGAAGGAAUUCAAAAUAAUACAAUUCAGUCUCUUGAUCAGGUUGCGAUUCCUGAGGAACUGAGUGGAAAACUGAGGAGUGUUAUUCAUGACUGUCGCCUGGAAGACCCACAAGCACGUCCUACAGCUGAUAGAUUAGUUCAAGAUUACCGGUACUUUAAAGGUAAGCCCAUCAUUUUAUUAAUUUUUAUUUUAUAGACACGAGUGUUUUACUGGAAAAUAUACCACUCGUAAAAUUCAUAAAAACUACAUCCGGGACCCGAGUGGUUUAUUUUCCAUAAUCUCACACAUGAGUUUAUCGAUGAUGUAAUUUAGGUAAUUUCCCUCUAUUAUUUUAUCGAGGUCAUUCUGUCUAUAUAAUAACAAGAACAUUACACGGCGGCUUGAAGAUAUGAAUUUUAUUUUCCAGUGGCAAGACAAGUAAAAUUUUGUAAAACUGAAAUCGUCGUCAAUUUGUAAACAUUAUCUUAGCGAACAUAACUCGGACGUACCACCUUCUCUUUCAGAACAAUUUCACGUGCGCACUAAAGGUUCUAACAAAUUUGAUUGCCUAAUUAAGGAGAUGUUCUUUAUAAGAAAACUCAAACCAUCCCUAAACGUGCAGGCGGACUCGAUUCGCGCAAAGGUAUUCUCUUGAAAAACUUGUGAUCCUUUGUAAUCGAAUCUUCGCAUUAUUUAUUCAUUUUGCCUUGAGAAUGGUGUCAUGAUGAUACCGAAACGUCGGCUUUUAACGUUAAUAUAUUUUGUAUCAUUUUGAUUAAUUUUCAAAAUAAUCUAGUAUUUCAUUACACCCACAAAUUAUGUCAUUUUAUGUUUGUCGUAGGUGAUAUGAAUCCUUAUCAAGCUGAAGCUAAAAGUGCUGAAUUCUUCUCAUGUGGCUUCCUUCAGCACACUUCUAUUUUUGUUGCAGAGAGCUUGGUUGAAGAGGUAAAGAUUGGGCUUAAUUCUGAGGCACAGUUGAGUGACACAAAUUUUCCUACCCAGCUUAUCCUACAUUACGUAACAGGGCUUUCCCUUGGGUAAAAGGGUCAUUUAUUGAAGUGAAGGUACCCAAAUACUGGAUUAGGGGUUUAAAAUGAAUGGUCACGCCCGAGGAUUUUGUCUAGUGACUGAAAGGUUAGAACCACUUUUUACAGCAUCAAAAACAGCACUAAAAAGUGCUGCUUUCAUUGUUAUGGUCACACUUUAGGAUUUCUUCCACAGACUCAAAAGAACCACGCUGUGCAGCAUAAACAAUACCACAGGAAACUGCUGCUCAGUAGCUUUCAUUUGGAUGGUCACACUUAAGGAUUUUAUCCACAAACUGAAAAGGUACAAGUACCUUAAUACAUGACUCAAUAAUUGACCCAGGAAGUGGAAUGGUAACUGUAUCAAUUCAAUUAAUUCAUGGAAAUUUUGCUCUGAGUUUGGUUUUGCUGCUUUUCAAUCAAUUAGUCCAGUGAAGGAUUCUUCAAGACUGGAGUGCGUCCCCAGGGAUUUCCUGCUCAGUGUCUUUUGUGCAAAGUGGAAGUGGGAAAUGAAGAAUAUAACGACGUUCCCAAAGAAUGGACAUACGAGCAAAAAUACCGGGAGUAUUAUGGUCACUUUAGACAGGUAUAGAAAAUAUACAUACACUACAUACCAGGACAGCCUACCUGGCUGUAGCAUGUAUCUUAGGCGUUUUAACGGGAAGUGAGAAAGGAACAAACUGGCACGCGCGAGAACGCAAGGGGCACGCGAGGAAAAGGUUCCCCGACUUUCUCCCUCGCGUGCGCCCGAUUUUUCCUUCCCCUCUCUCGAACCCCUGUGGUACAGGGACGUAAGCAGUGCACUCGAGGAAGCCACCCUGUCCACAGAGUUUUUCACAAAGAAACCUUUUCUAAGGGAUAAGCCCUGGUAGCCUGCGUAGCAGGCGCUUAGAGGUAAUGGGCGCAAGAAAGAUCGGGGCGCGCGAGGGAGACACAUUUUGGGGAAGUUGAAGACAGAUCUGCAGUAACGUAAGAAAAAAAAACUCUGUCCGAAGCUUUCCCAGCCACAGCAGAAUAGCGACACCUUAAUUUCCAGAUAGAGUUGUUCUUUUAAAUGUAUCUGGUUCGUUGAAAAAUUUUCACUUUCGGCUCGGAAGUGGGGAAAGGGGCUUAAAUCUAAAAUUGAAGGUAAAUCUGAGGAUUAUCUCCCCCACAAAAGCGAAAAAACUAGUCAUAAGUUUUAUUUUUUACGCCGUUUUUUAAUGAUCAGGUGUUUUUCUUCCCAGUCUUUAAACAUUUUUCCGUUCCAAAUUAAAUGCAGUAGUCUGCUCGGAGGCUCUCUCGGUCACCCACUCCUAAACCAAGACAGCUUGCUUGCUUCAAGGUAUAACUGCAAUAAACCAUUGACAUAGACUCUGGCGUCGUAAGACCAUUGAGUGUUGUUUUUUUUUUUGCAUGUCUAGGCGGCCAUCGAUAAGACGAUAGAAGACCUUCCCGCCAUUGCGCUUAAAUCUUUGAUCACUUCCCGAGAGGACGAGGAGGAGCGACAGGAAAUCCAGCUUUCAUUUGGCCAGACAACAUACUGUCAUCACAGGGCCAUUAGAGAGAUCUGGAGGAAACUUGAGGAGUCUAAAAAAAGAGAGCUUGUCGUGUGUAAGAAUGCAGUACAUCCUGUUUUUAGCACAUCAUUUGGGCUCCAUGUGGCAGUGCUUACGGCGGACAAACCGCAGAAAUUUAUAUUUGCAAGAAGAUCUAAUCGAGGUAAGUUAUUUUAUAGGACAGACUCGUGGUUUAACAUGGCGCGAGACAUUCUGUCUAAUUUUUGGCGCUCAACGUUAUGUCCUCACUUGCCUGAAACUGUUUUGCGCUGUCCCCAGGGCCCUUUUCUAUUCACAGGGAUUUGUAGGGAAAACCACCCUUGGAACUAGGUCGAAAUUUGAAGGUAGGCAUUAGACAAAGGUUACCGGUCAUUUCGCCCCGGUUACUUAUUCCUCGUUCUAUAAGCCAGAAAGCAAAACAAGCACGCUUCAAAUAUAAUAUUCCUCGUUCUAGAAAAGGGGGCUAUUUCAUUUUGAAGCGUCGUUAAUGACUCGAAAAUAGGGGGCUAAGUAACCCGGGACGAAAUGACCGGUUACCUAGACGAAUACCUUAUUUCUGUUGCGAACUCUUUCGAGUUUGUUACCGUUUCUAUAGCAACUGCUGAUCAGUUAUAAUACGUGCUUACAAUAAAAUGAACCAAUCAGAUCUCAGAUCAGUCAGAUGUUCCUGGUGCCAAAAAGCGCGGGAAAAAGCAUGGGAGCAAGUCAUGAGGCUUUUGACUUCCUUUUAAUUUGUUGAGAAAGUGGCGCGAGAUUUGCAGCCAAUCAAAAAGCGUAGCAAUUCAAGGUAAAGGCAAUGACUUAACAAUAACUUAAGUAGUGUGUUUGAAACUAGCAAUACACUAAGAGAGGUAGAUCAAAGAUAGUUUGACAAUUGUGAUAGUCUUAAUUUCUUUUUAAAUUGUCCUCUAGAUAGUAGUGUUUUUAUUUCUUGCGGCAACGACUACCAUAAUCUAUUUCCAGUAAAGCGAACAGAAAAUUGUUGCCAUAAUUUGUGGAGAUCCUAGGAAGAGCAAGACGUAUUCAGGUUUUGCUUUUUCCUUAAUUGCUUGACAUGUUUUCCCCGGCAUUUGGUUUUAGAGGGAAUGGCAACUCCCGGCAAAUUCACUUGUGGAGCCGUGGAGAGCGCUUCAGUAAAGGACUAUGUCUACGAAGAUGACCAAGCUUACGUGGACCUGAUCCAGACAGCCGCACGAGGACUGGAGGAAGAACUUCGUGUCGAGUUGAAAGAAAGCGAUAUCGAGGCUCUUUGCCUCACAACCGUAUACCUCAAGUUCGACACGCACGAGUGGGGUUGUUGUGGCUACGUCGACCUGUCGGAUCCCCGAGUCUCGCCCGAACGCCAACUGACGUUCGAGCAGCUAGGUUCCAGGUUCACCACAGGCCCAAAGGACAAGUUCGAGCACGAAGAAGUGGUUGCUGUGGACUUUGAACUUUCGAGGAUGGUCGAGUUCGUUCGGGAGAAUUACGAGGAUUUUGCCAGCUCUGCUAAGCUGGUGGUAGUGAAAGUUUUGCAAUCGUUUUUUGGAGUUGCUGCUGUGGAGAGAGCCUUUCGUGUUUACAUGGAAGAUCGAGAGAGCGUCUCCCAAAAUGCUGAUUCGCAAAUUUAA